CCCUGCCCUGCCCUGCCCUGAUGGGGCUGACCUGGAAGCCGCGGGUUCUAACGGCACUGCUCGGGGCGGCAGUGGCCUCAGGCCUCACCACGCUCAUUCUCAUCCUGGUGGAGGCCACUGAUGUCCUCCUGCCCACAGACACCAAGUUUGGGAUUGUGUUUGACGCGGGGUCCUCCCACACGUCCCUCUUUGUGUACCGGUGGCCGGCAGACAAGGAGAACGACACGGGCGUGGUCAGCCAGGCCCUGGUCUGCCAGGCGAAAGGGCCUGGAAUCUCCUCCUACGCCUCCAAUCCUGCACAAGCUGGUGAGAGCCUGCAGGGCUGCCUGGAGGAAGCGCUGGCGCUGAUCCCAGAGGCACAGCAGCGGAAGACGCCCAUGUUCCUGGGGGCCACGGCUGGCAUGAGGCUACUCAGCCAGAAGAAUAGCUCUCAGGCAAGAGACAUCUUCGAGGCGGUCACCCAGGUCCUGGGCAAGUCCCCCCUGGACUUCUGGGGUGCUGAGCUUCUGGCCGGGCAGGACGAGGGUGCUUUAGGUUGGAUCACCAUUAACUACGUCCUGGGCAUGCUGGUCAAGUACUCCUUCUCUGGAGAAUGGAUCCAGCCUCUGGAGGGGACACUGGUGGGCGCCCUGGACAUGGGUGGAGCCUCCACCCAGAUCACCUUUGUGCCUGGAGGCCCCAUACUGGACAAGAGCACCCAGACCACCUUCCGCCUCUACGGAUCUGAGCACAGUGUCUACACCCACAGCUACCUCUGUUUCGGGCGGGACCAGAUGCUGAGCAGGCUUCUGGCACAGCUGGUGCAGAGCAGCUCCGGCCCCCUGGUCCGCCACCCAUGCUACCACAGCGGCUACUGGGCCACGCUGUCCCCGGCCGCCCUCUACGAGUCCCCCUGUGUGCACACAGCAGCCCCUCCAGAGCUGGCCGGGAACCUCACUGUGGAAGGGACAGGGAACCCCGGGGCUUGUAUCUCAGCCAUCCGGGGCCUCUUCAACUUCUCCAGCUGCCAGGGCCGAGGACACUGUGCCUUCAAUGGGGUCUACCAGCCCCCUGUGCGGGGCCAGUUCUAUGCCUUCUCCAACUUCUACUACACCUUCCACUUCCUGAAUCUCACCUCCAAGCAGCCACUGGCCACCGUCAACGCCACCAUCUGGGAGUUCUGCCAGAGGCCCUGGAAGCAGGUGGAGGCCAGCUCGCCCGGGCAGGACCGCUGGCUUCGUGACUACUGUACCUCGGGGCUGUAUAUUCUCACGCUGCUGCUUGAGGGCUACGGGUUCAGUGAGGAGACUUGGCCUGGCAUCGAGUUCCGCAAGCAGGCUGGUGGCACGGAGAUGGGCUGGACGCUGGGCUACAUGCUGAACCUGACCAGGAUGAUCCCGGCCGAGGUGCCUGCCCAGUGGCGGGCACAGAGCUAUGGCAUCUGGGCGGCCGGGGUCGUCUUUGCCGUGCUGACUCUCACGGUUACUCUGGGGGCUGUGGCAGGCCAGCUCCUCUGGCCCCAGGGCUAAGCUGGGCGGCCGCCUGAUGGCGGAAGGCACGGGCUCAGCUCCCACGGUCUGAGCUGGUCAGAGCCUCCCUGAUCUCCUGACCCCUGCCGGGUCCCCUUGUCCCGUGGGCUCUGGCCCCACGGUCAGAUGGCCCCCGUGGAUGCAGGAGAUAUUGUGGCCUACCCAGGGCGGCAGGUGAUAAAUGCCAGGCCACAGGGGCCCCUGCAGCAUUCCAAGGCUCUGUGACCUUCAGUGUUAGCGGGACGUGGGGCCCGGUCAAGCCCGGACGUGGGAGUGACUGCUGAAGAAGGGGUCGGCUCCCUGGGAGAGGCUGGCAGGGCUUCAGGAGGUUGGCGGAGGGGCCCGGCCCGAACGGGGGUAUCACUCAGCCUGAGGGGAGGUAUCCAGGCUCCUAGGCUUCUCUGGGAGCAGCCCCAUCCCCCAUCCUCAAAGCCUCCAUCGGGCCCUCACAGUGGACAAGCCAAGAACACAGACCACACCUCAGUGGGGGGGAAGAUUGCUUUAUUAAAACUGU